AUGGCCUAUGUAGUACCCAUACACCGAGCCAGUGGCAUCCGCCAUGCGGUGAAGCUGAACUUCAUGAAUGCGGAGGAAGACUGUCUGGUUGUUGCAAAAGCAAACCGACUGGAGUUCUACACUCUAACCCCAGAUGGUCUAUCAUUAGCGGAAAGCCGCGCGCUUUAUGCACAGAUCACGAUGCUGGCGCGGCUGCCAGCGCCGGCCCACUCACUGACCGAUCAUCUCUUCGUCGGCACAGACCAGUACAAUUACUUCACUUUAGCCUGGGACCCCGAGACACGGCAAGUCCAGACCGCUCGCAGCUACGUGGACAUUGCGGAACCGUCAUCGCGCGAAUCGCAGAGCGACCCGCGGUGCCUAGUCGACCCGAGCGGGCGGUUCAUGACAUUGGAGGUCUACGAGGGCGUGAUUGUGGUGAUACCUAUCGUGGAGCCGACGAAGCGGAAAGGCCGGGUUUCGCAGGCGGCGCUGCAAUCGGACGCGCCCCAGGUCGGGGAGCUGGGCGAGCCGACUGCGUCGCGGAUCGACGAGCUGUUCGUUCGGUCGUCGGCAUUCUUACAUUCCGGGUCGAAUCAGCCGUGGCUGGCGCUGUUAUACGAAGAUAACCAGAAGAAAGUGCGACUACGCAUUCGCGAGUUAGAGUAUAGCCGGGCGACGUCGAGUAAUCCCGCAGAUGCAACUUUCAAAGAGGUCCAGGAGAAGAAACUGGAGGGAGGUGUCUUUGCUCAUGAGCUGGAUUUGGGGUCUUCACAUUUGAUCCCUAUCCCGGCUCCGCUAGGCGGUCUUAUUGUCUUGGGAGAGACAUCUAUCAAAUACAUCGAUGAUAAUGCCAACGAUAUGAUUUCACGGGAUCUUGACGAGGCCACUGUUUUCGUGGCUUGGGAGAAAGUCGACAGUCAGCGCUGGCUUCUGGCCGACGACUACGGACGCUUGUUCUUCUUGAUGUUUGUGCUAAACAGCGAGGGCAAUGUCGAGGACUGGAAAUUGGACUACCUGGGCAGUACGUCCCGGGCCACGGUGCUAGUCUAUCUAGGCGGCGGAGUGCUGUUUGUCGGAUCUCAUCAAGGGGAUUCUCAGGUUCUACGAAUCAGCAAUGGCACCUUUGAGAUUAUUCAGACCCUGUCCAACAUUGCGCCCAUCCUAGAUUUCACCCUGAUGGACUUGGGUGACCGGACCAGUGAUGUUCAAACGCAUGAGUUCUCAACUGGCCAGGCUCGGAUCGUGACUGGUUCUGGAGCUUUUGAUGACGGAACUCUACGAAGCGUUCGAAGUGGCGUGGGUAUGGAGGAAUUAGGGAUAUUGGGCGAAAUGAAUCAUAUUACAGAUCUAUGGGGACUACAGGCUCAGAGCACGGGUAGCUUCCUCGACACGCUGCUAGUGACUUUCGUCGACGAAACACGAGUGUUUCGCUUCAGUCCCGACGGAGAAGUCGAAGAGUUAGACGACUUCCUAGGCCUUUCUCUCGCCGAAAAUACUCUUCUCGCCGGCAACUUACCGGGAGGUCGAAUUUUGCAAGUCACAGAGAAGAGGGCGCUGAUUGCAGACCUUGAAGGUGGCAUGGUCACGUUUGAAUGGACACCUCCAAUCCAAAAGACGAUCACGGCUGCUUCAGCCAACGAUGACAACUUGGUACUUGUCGUUGGCGGGCAGGUCCUUGCAUCCUUUGAUAUCCAGAGCAAUGCGCAGCUUAUCACACAAAAGGACCUUGGUGCGGACCAACAAAUCUCGGGCGUAACUGUCCCAUCGAAGCCGGCGGGCGUUUGUAUCGCCGGCUUCCCGCAGUCCGCCAAGGUGUCUAUCCUGGGGCUCAAUGACCUCUCUGAGCUCCAAAGCCAAUCACUGGGGCCAAGAGGAGAGGCAUUCCCUCGUUCCGUCCUGGUGGCCGAUGUCCUUGCAGAUAGCCCACCUACUCUUUUCGUCUCCAUGGCCGAUGGCAGUGUCACUACAUUCUCAUUGAACCCCGAGACAUACGUUUUAGCCGAUAUGAUGAAGCUCAUUUUAGGUUCGGAACAACCUACAUUCAAGAAAUUGCCCCGUGGCGACGGACUUUAUAACGUUUUCGCGACGUGCGAGAACCCGAGUCUGAUCUAUGGGUCUGAGGGACGGAUUAUAUACUCGGCCGUGAACUCCGAAGGCGCGUCUCGCAUAUGCCACUUGAACGCAGAAGCGUACCCCGAGUCCAUUGCCGUGGCCACGUCCCGCGAACUCAAGAUUGCCCUUGUGGAUAAGGAGCGCACAACCCAGAUUCAGACCCUGCCAAUGGGGUCUACAGUGCGACGUGUGGCAUACUCCCCUUCCGAGAAAGCGUUUGGACUCGGCACAAUCGACCGCAAGCUCGAGGACGGUGCUGAAAUUGUGAAAAGCCAUUUCGUGCUCGCCGAUGAGAUCAUGUUCCGUCGCUUGGAUGUGUUAGAACUCCACCAGGACGAGCUUAUUGAGAGCGUGAUUCGUGCAGAGUUCCCGGCUGGGAAGGAUGAGACGGGUAAAGAAGUGACCAAGGAUCGUUGGGUUGUUGGCACAGCAUAUUUGGAUGAGGACCGAGAAGGGUCAAUCCGCGGGCGGAUUUUGGUCCUUGAAGUGGAUCAUGGGCGCAAGUUGACCCAAGUUGCUGAGCUGCCUGUGAAAGGCGCGUGCCGAGCGUUGGCCAUGAUGGGCGACAGGAUUAUUGCCGCACUGGUGAAAACUGUUGUCGUUUACAAGGUGAACAACAAUAAUUUCGGCUCUAUGAAGAUCGAGAAACUAGCUAGCUACCGCACGUCGACGGCGCCGAUCGACGUGACUGUAGUCGGCGACUUGAUUGUCGUCGCUGACCUCAUGAAGAGUGUCUGCAUUGUCAGAUAUGUCCAGGGCAAGGAUGGUGUCAACGACUCGCUUGAGGAAAUCGGCCGCCACUAUCAAACUGUAUGGAGUACGGCCGUCGCCUCUGUCAGCGAUGACACGCUUCUUCUCAGCGAAGCCGAGGGCAACCUGAUCGUCCUAUCUCGGAACACGAACGGUGUCACGGAACAAGAUCGACACCGGCUUGUCCCCACGAGUGAGAUCUCAUUGGGAGAGAUGGUCAAUCGCAUCCGUCCGAUCUAUAUCCAACAACUCGCCAGCCUAACCGUGACUCCGCGGGCGUUCGUAGCGACAGUCGAAGGUUCAAUCUUUCUCUUUGCGCUCAUCAACCCCGAGCAUCAAGAUUUCCUCAUGAGACUUCAAACCGCCAUCGCCAGCCGAGUCGAUUCUCUCGGUGACCUGUCGUUCGACAAAUUUCGCGCCUUCCGCACGCUGACUCGCUCUUCUGAUAAACCAUUCCGUUUCGUCGACGGCGAGCUUAUUGAGAAAUUUCUGGAUUGCGAAUCCGUCCUCCAGGAGGAAAUUGUCACCGAGGUAGGCUCGGGUGAUGUACAGGCCGUCAAGGGCAUGAUUGAAGCGUUGCGGCGACUUCAUUGA